AUGAAGCUCCUAUUUAUCGCAAAGCUCAUCUGGGCAAUGCUCUUGGCGAAGCUGGGAGGUGCUCAGAACAAUAAGAAGUGUCUCGCCCUACCUGGCGACGCUGACUGGCCGAAUGCUGAGGUCUGGUCAACGUUGAACGAAACCGUCAAUGGCAAGCUCGUUGCGACUGUCCCUAUUGGCUCGCCAUGUCACGAUCCAACCUACGAUGCCAGCGCUUGCGAUGCACUCAAGGCGGCAUGGACCAACCCUCUGACACACACUGUCUCAUCUCACUCCAUUAUGCAGGCGUACUUUGCCAACCAGACCUGCGACCCUUUCUCUGACCGCAGCAUACCUUGUACGCUUGGCAACUACGUCUCAUACUCAGUCAAGGUCACUGACGCCUGGGACAUCAUCGCGGCCCUUGAAUUUGCAAAAGCUGAGAAUGUACGAAUUCUGGCUCGCAACACUGGACACGACUUCCUUGGACGAUCGACUGGUGCUGGAGCACUCGCAGUCUGGACUCAGGGCCUCAAGAACAUCACAUUUGGCCAAUGGUCUGACAAGUACUACACUGGCCCCUCAGUCACCGUAGGUGCUGGCGUCAUCGGUUACGAGCUUGUCGAGGCUGCAAACAAUCAAGGCCUUACUGUUAUGUCUGGAGAAUGUGCCACUGUCGGUCUUGCAGGUUUCACUCAAGGUGGAGGCCAUUCAAUCCUCAGCAACCAGUUUGGUCUUGCUGCUGAUCAGACUCUCUCCUUCGAAGUUGUCACAGCAGAGGGCGAGCUCGUCACUGCUUCACCGACUGAGAACUCCGACCUUUACUGGGCUUUGUCCGGUGGUGGUGGCGGUACGUACGGCAUAAUCGUAUCGUUGACCGUCCGUGCGUACGAGUCCAAGACAGUCGGCGGCGCUGCGAUGCAACUUCUUGCUUCAUCGACUACGCCCGAGAACUACGCUGCCGUUACAGCAAAGUUCGUCGAACUCCUGCCAGCUAUGAUCGAUGCCGGAGCCAUGGUUGUCUUCCUCAUUAGCACCCAGUACCUCGUUAUCAAGCCUCUCACCGUCUGGGACUCAUCCGCGGCCAAGGCUAAGGAGAUUCUCACGCCUUUUUCUGACUACCUCGUUACGCUUGGCAUCACGCCCCCAAUUGCCUACAGCGAGCUCUCAUACCGCGAUCAUUACGACCAUUAUCUUGGCCCCCUCCCUCAGGGCAGCUUCGAAGUCAACCGUUACCAGUUCGGUGGCCGUCUGAUCCCCCGCUCAGUCUUCCAGAACAGUACCGUAGAGCUGAACAAGGUGCUCUCUGAGCUUGUCAAGGAGGGUGUUCUCCUGGCUGGUAGCUCAGCCAACUACGCAAAGCGCGCCAACACACCUGACAAUGCCGUUCUUCCGGCAUGGCGCGACGCCAUCACCCAGCUCCAGCUCAUCACCAACUGGAACAGCACCGCACCCUGGACAGACAUGGAAGCCGCCCAGGCCAAGAUGACCAACGUGUUAAUGCCGAAGAUCGAGGCUGUUACCCCCGGCAGUGGCUCGUACAUGAACGAGGCCGACUUCCAACAGCCGAACUGGCAGGCCACCUUCUAUGGCUCCAACUACAACAAGCUGAAGCAGAUCAAGAACAAAUACGAUCCCAAACACGUCUUCUACAACCUCAAGAGUGUUGGUAGUGAGGCAUGGACUGUAGGCAAGGACGGCAGGAUGUGCCGCGCGUAG